AUGCAAACUGAAAUUCAAAAAAUAAUAUGCCAAAUUCAUUAACAUGAUAUAAUAGCUGUGAAUCUUGACAAUUUACAAAUUAGCUAAAUUUAAUACUUGUGUUGUAAUUGCUUAGUUGAAAAAAUGAAUGAUGAUAAAUACAAACAAUUGAAGAAAUAAUAGCUCUAAAAACUUAAAAAAAGUAAAAUAAGAUUUAAGAGGCUUAAAUAAGGUUAGAUUACUUCAAGAACAUACUUUAUUAAAUAAUGGAGUUCAAACGUAAUGUUGAGGCUACAUUCAAUAAGAUCCAUUUUCAAAUACAAGCUCAAAUUUGUACUAUUCAAGAGGAGCACUAAUCUUUUUUAGAGUAAUUCGAAGUCGAACAAACUUUAUAAAAGGAUGUUUCAUCUUUGGCUGAAUUUUUUUAAAUAGAUAUUAGGGAAAAGCAAUUAAAAUUUUAGCAGGAUAAUCAUUUAAUUGAAUAAAUUGAGGAGUAAUUUGAGCUUUUUUGAAUAAUUAAGAAUAUUUCUAAGAUAUAGUAACUUUUAAUGUUGCUAAUAAAAAAUUAACGAAGUAAUAGAAAAUGUUUAAGUUGGAUUAAUGCCACCCAAGGAUAUGCUAUUGUAAAAUAUAAAUUAGAAAGGGAAAAAAAUAACACUACGAUAAAAUAGUAAAAUUAAAUGA